ACAUUCCAGUUUGACUCUGCUUCUCCUCACGUCCUCUACCGCUCACGUUACUGCCACUUACGCUUCUGUAUCCACCCCCUCUCUCAACCAAAACCAAAACCAAACCACUCAAAAUGACUGGAGGCAAAUCAGGAGGAAAGGCCAGCGGCAAGACUUCGCAAUCCCGCUCUUCCAAGGCCGGUUUAGCUUUCCCAGUCGGUCGUGUCCACCGUCUGUUGCGCAAAGGAAACUACGCACAGCGCGUUGGUGCUGGUGCUCCCGUCUAUCUCGCUGCUGUCCUUGAGUACCUGGCUGCUGAAAUCCUCGAAUUGGCUGGUAACGCCGCCCGUGACAACAAGAAGACGCGUAUCAUCCCCCGUCAUCUCCAGCUCGCCAUACGCAACGAUGAGGAAUUGAACAAACUCCUUGGCCAUGUCACCAUCGCCCAGGGUGGUGUCCUGCCCAACAUUCACCAGAAUCUGCUCCCCAAGAAGACCCCCAAGUCAGGAAAGAACCCUAGCUCCAGUCUUGAACUUUAAGCAGAUUUUCUUAUCUUUUGUUUUCCAUCGAUUAAUUUCCCCCUCCACCUCAUGUCUUUUCGAGUUUUCUACUUGUUCUUGUUCUUCGGCGCAGUAUGGGUUUUCUGACGUGAUCAUGGGAUUCUGGUUGGGCAAAGUUUUUAUGGCUCCUGUUUGUUUUUACUGGUGUACAUUACGUCUCGACGGCAAAUCGGUGCGGAUGGGGGUAUUUAAAGCGGCGCAUCGCCCACGAAAGCAUAUUUUGACGCGUGCUGGCGAUCUUGCGUUUUUAUAGCUUGAUUCUUCAAAAAAUGAAGAGUGAUUAUUCUAUUUCCAACUUGU